GUAAUAUUUUUGUUUUGAAAAGUCACUGUGACUGAUAGAAAAGUGAUGGUUUUAGCAACAUUUUAACUUGUCUGAAUGCUAAUAAUCAUUUUGCGUCGGGGGGCGAAGGAACCCCCCACCAGGACUUUGUCCUGGACCUACCGGGGCCUGUGGCCCCUGGACCUUGGCUACUAGGUUUUUCUGAUUUCAAAAGUUGGCAGGUAUGAAACAUGACUGCCCGGACUUGAUUUGUGAGUCGUAAAAUCGAUCAAUUAAAAAAAUAUAUGGCAGACUCACAGAUAAAUCUAUAACUUGUUAUUGUAGGGAUUACGAUGAACCUUUUACUCGCCAAACCUUUUUUGCAGAGGUUUGGCGAGUAAACCUCUGCAAAACUGUGUGGCAGGUGCUUGUCCAAUCGGAAAAUGUCAAUAUUCUAGAUCAGAAAAGUCAAAUUGUGGUAUGCCAAAGAUCCAUCCAUCUUCUUCCGCUUAUCCGAGGUCGGGUCGCGGGGGCAGCAGCCUAAGCGGGGAAGCCCAGACUUCCCUCUCCCCAGCCACUUUGUCCAGCUCCUCCCGGGGGAUCCCGAGGCGUUUGCAGGCCAGCCGGGAGAGAUAGUAUUCCCAACGUGUCCUGGGUCUUCCCCGUGGCCUCCUACCGGUCGGACGUGCCCUAAACACCUCCCAAGGGAGGCGUUCGGGUGGCAUCCUGACCAGAUGCCCGAACCACCUCAUCUGGCUCCUCUCCAUGUGGAGGAACAGCGGCUUUACUUUGAGCUUCUCACCUUAUCUCUAAGGUAGAGCCCUGCCACCUGGUGGAGAAACCUCCAUUCUGGCCACUUGUACCCGUGAUUCGGUCAUAACCCAAAGCUCAUGACCAUAGGUGAGGAUGGGAACGUAGAUCGACCGGUAAAUUGAGAGCUUUGCUUUCCGGCUCAGCUCCUUCUUCACCACAACGGAUCGAUGCAGCGUCCGCAUUACUGAAGACGCCGCACCGAUGUCGAUCUCACGAUCCACUCUUCCCUCACUCGUGAACAAGACUCCGAGGUACUUAUUUGAUUCAUUAUUUAAGUACAGUGUUUUAUUUGCGUCUAUUCAAAAACACUGUUACUGUUCAAACUGUGUUUAAUGUUUGUGGCCAAAAAUAUGAAAUAUUCUUGUUAAAUAAAACCUCUGCCUAGUUUUUAAUACGCUACUGUAUUUUAAUGUUGGUCAUUAUGGUGGUACUUGGAGAGCUAAGUGUUCUGUAAAAGUUUGAGAACCACUGAUCUAGAUAAAGUAGGACAUGUGUUCUGCAUCAUCAGUGGUGAUGAAAACAACGCGAACACAGUUGAACAAUCAAGCGUGAAAGUGACCGCUGUGGAGAUCCAACCAGCGGCAAAAAACACACAAGGACUCGCCUCUCUUGAGGAUCCUUCUUGAGUUUCUCUCCUUGGUUCUUUUUUCCGUGCAAUAAUCUCUGCAGGCUGCAGAGUGAAGGUGCCUGGCAACAUUCCAUGUGCUCGUGUUUAUCGGGCUUCUGGAAGUGUGCCACGGUCUUAAAAUAGGAGUCCUUAAUAGUGACGCUUGUUUGAAAGCCAAUAGGACGCCAUCGGUGACCAUGUGUAACGACCACGGAGCGUUUGUUUAAAGCAAAGUUGCGUUUAAUUGUGUGGACAGGAAGUUGUGUUGACUUGUGUGUUUGUGUAGACCUCAACAUGCCCCACGCACCAUGGUUGCCAUGGUGAUAUGAAGCCAACACGAUACGGCGACUUCUCCGCGCCCGGCCGCACCGAGGGUCAUUGAGUGACGGACACGCGCGCACACCGGCCGGCCAUCUUGGCGGGCAGGCCGGUGUGAUGGACCGGUGCAAGCACGUGGGGCGGCUGCGGCUCGCCCCGGACCACUCCAUCCUCAACCCGCAGAAGUGGCACUGUGUGGACUGCAACACCACCGAGUCCAUCUGGGCCUGCCUGGGUUGCGCCCACGUGGCGUGCGGGCGCUACAUCGAGGAGCACGCCUUGCAGCACUUCAAGCAGCAGCGCCACCCGCUCGCCAUGGAGGUGAACGAACUCUACGUCUUUUGCUACUUGUGCGACGACUACGUCCUCAACGACAACACCACGGGCGACCUCAAGCUGCUGCGUAGCACCCUCAGCGCCAUCCAGAGCCAGCGCUACGAGGUCACCACUCGCAGCGGGCGCAUCCUCCGCUCCACCAGCGCCGCGCCCGACGCCCCGAUGCCCUGCGGCGCUCAGGAGCUGCAGCUCAGGGAUGAAGACCGCAUGUUUACUGCCCUCUGGCACCGGCGCCGGGCCCUCAUGGGGCGUGUAUUCCGCUUCUGGUUUGGCUUGACUGACUGUGGGAAAACGAGGCAGGAGGAGGAGAGGCUGAGAGAGGAGGAGGAGGAGCAGAAAAGGGCAGCGAGGGAGAGGAGGCGGGCCCUUAAAAGGCAGCUACAGGAGGAGCUGGAGAACGCCCCUCAGAGGAAGAGUCGCCGCUUGCGUCGAAGGACUCAGAGAGUUCCCGAUGUUGCGGUGAAGAAGCUGCGGUCACUCCCCACGCCCAAAAAGACUAAAGCGUCCGCACCCUCGCCUCCCGCCCGCAGGCCAAGUCGUCGAACGCCCGCUACUCCCGCCCCCAAGAAAAGUGUGAAAAAGAUCCAGUCGUCAGCCAAGUCCAAGAAUUGCUCUUCUUCCAGCACCAGCUCUAAGCGCAAGUCUUUACCCGCAACCCCCCGCCGAAAGCAGAGCGGCAAACAGGGCGGCUCCCCCUUCAAACGGCGCCCCACGGUCACGCCCGGCGUGACGGGUCUGAGGAACCUGGGCAACACGUGUUACAUGAACUCCAUCCUGCAAGUGCUGAGCCACCUGCACGUCUUCAGGGAGUGUUUCCUGCGCCUGGACCUCACCCAGGCUCUGGAGCUGCUGGCCUCCGCUGUCCACGGCCAGUUGACGGGCAAGACCUCGCCCCUAGCCCACAGAAAGGGAUACCACACCAGCUCGGGGUCAGGGCUCAGCGGGGGGGCCUCGCGGGGCCGCAGCAUGGAGCUGAUCCAACCCAAAGAGCCCAGCUCCAAGUACAUUUCCCUCUGCCACGAGCUGCACACGCUGUUCCAGGUCAUGUGGUCCGGCAAGUGGGCGCUGGUGUCGCCCUUCGCCAUGCUGCACUCCGUGUGGCAGCUCAUCCCCGCCUUCCGGGGCUACGCCCAGCAGGACGCUCAGGAGUUUUUGUGCGAGCUCCUGGACAAGGUGCAGCAGGAGCUGGAGAGCACAGGCAAGCACACGCCCACCACUGACGUCCCCCACACGCAAAAACGGCUCAUCAAGCAGGUGCUCAGCGUGGUCAACACCAUCUUCCACGGACAGCUGCUCAGCCAGGUCACAUGUCUGGCCUGCGACCAUCGCUCCAACACGGUGGAGCCUUUCUGGGAUCUGUCCCUGGAGUUCCCCGAGCGCUACCAUAGCAACAGCCGGGAGUCGGCCGCACAGGCGUCCUGUCACCUGACAGAAAUGUUGGCCAAGUUCACUGAGACUGAAGCGCUGGAGGGAAACAUCUACGCCUGCGAUCAAUGCAACGCUGCACGUAGACGCUCGUCGUCCAAAGCGGUCCUCCUCACUGAAGCCCAAAAACGGCUGAUGGUCCACAAGCUGCCUCAGGUGCUGCGGCUGCACCUCAAACGCUUCAGGUGGUCUGGGCGGAACCACCGGGAGAAGAUCGGAGUCCACGUCACUUUCGACCAGCUUCUCGACAUGGAGCUGUACUCCUGCACAGAGCCCGCCCCGAAAGGCGUCAGCCCGCAGAGCCCCACGGCAGGCUCGCCAAACGCCAAGCACUUCCUGUACGAGCUCUCCGCCGUGGUAAUGCAUCAUGGGAAAGGCUUCGGAUCGGGUCACUACACGGCGUACUGCUACAACAGCGCCGGAGGCUUCUGGGUUCACUGCAACGACUCCAAGAUGAACGUGUGUUCUGUGGACGAGGUGUGCCGGGCCCAGGCCUACAUCCUCUUCUACACCCGCAGGGUUACUCAGGUCAAAGACCGGCCGCUGUGACUUGUGUAUUUUUAUGUGACAAAGUUGUAUUUUAAAGAGAUGUAGCAGGACGACCAGGUCCAGUCCUGCUCAGAGACUUUGUACGCAGGCCAGCAUUCACUUCCUGUCAGGACAAAAACCUCAACGCCUGCCUUUUGGAUUCAUGACGCUCGCAGGUGUAAGUGCCCUUUUCCACCCAGAUCAUCUAUUUUUAUACCGGACGAAUGUUUCUUACCACUCAAAGGCCGUUUUGGCGACUUUGAUACCACCUGUAGCUUUUUCUUCUCCCGCCACGCAGGUGAUGGUGUAUUGAAAUUAUGAAAUUAGACGCACGUCUGAGUAAAAUUUACCUCCAUACUGGAGGAUCUUGUACAAAAAUACUCGACCGGGUUUCCUUUUGAGGGGAAGUCAAAGCACAAUAAUCCAUCAGUUUCUACUCCAGAGAUGUAUCACCUUCUAUGCAAAUUGUUACCUCAUUUUUUUUUCGAGAACAUGACCUCAAUAAAUGAGAAUAUUUUUCCAUUUUUCUACAAAACCUGCUUUG